AUGUCCCAACCAGCGCUCAGCCCAUACGAAGAGGCGCAUUUCAACGACACCAGGCAGCCAGCACUAUGGGGCUGCUUGAUCACCUUCCUCAUCAUUAAUGACGUGGCCAUCGCUGGUAGACUAUGGGGGACAUGGAGAUCUGUGAUAACCCGUUCACGGGUUAUGGCCGAGGAUAUCUCGAUCAUUCUAGGUGGAAUCUUCGUCAAUGCCAUCAUAGCAAAUCUAAUGGUAGCAACUCACUACGGACUUGGCCUUCACACGUUCACCAUCAAUGCCCGAGAUCCAGAUGAUCCAUCGAACCUAUCCAAGACAUUUAGGCAUGUCUGGAUUACGAUGGUCUUGAUGUGCAGCUUCUUUCUCUGUAUCAAGAUGACAUUGCUCUUCUUCUACCGCCGACUAUUUCUAGUGUCUAACCAGAGUCUACGCAUCUUCUGGUGGGUUAACUUUGUCUACAUAAUCCUCUGGUUCUUCGGCGGCACCGCCUUCUACCUGUUUCAGUGCAAACCCGUGGAAUGGUACUUCCUCCAGUACUACGCCAAGUUUCACAAGCCCGUUCCAGGAGGGAAAGAAGGACAAUGCGAUGCGACGAGCGUACUCCAUGUUUCGUUACCAGUGAUAUUCAGCCUUAUCUCAGAUGCCGGCCUGUUGGCGUUGCCCAUCUGGGCCAUCUCUAAGCUAAGACUUGACAAGGCCAAAAAGCGUGGACUGAUGGCAGUUUUCGGAAUUGGCUUAGUUGCUGCUCUGCUAGAACUAGCCCGGGUGCUGGCGCUUCUCAUCGAUACUGAUGACAAAACUGACCCUAGUUAUGGUGUCGCCGUAUUUCUAAUCCUCACUGCCGCUGAAGAGACAACAGCCGUGGUAUGCGCGUGUGUGCCAGUGAUAGUUCCCCAAAUAGUCAGAAAACUUCGAAACCAGGCUCGAAAUAAUAGCUACAUGUAUGAUGGGAACAGAGGUCAAGGUUCAUCCGGACAACAAAGCUCCCGGGGCUUUAAGCGUGUUGUUAGUUUGAACCACAUAUGGACAACCGUUGACGCUUCCAAGAUGGGCACCACGCAUGACGAUGGCAUCCCCUUGAGUAGCAUUGAAAUCAUAGGGAACUCGACCCCGAGGAUGAGCGAACGUGAUAGUACCUCCGACUACACGCAACUUCAAUGUCAUGAGCCAGCAAGAGAUACCAAGGACCAACCUAAGCACUUAUAUUCAUCGCAUCUACACGACACAAACCACGCUAAUCCAACGGCAAAACCACCCGCUCCAUCGCCGGGUAAUAUUCAUGUACGUACUGAUAUCCAGGUACAGGUGGGAAAUGAAGCUAAAGCAAGAGAAAAUGUGUAA